UAAGCGCAAAACCCUCAACUUGAAAUUGUGUGAACAAUGGCAUUAUGAGGACGCACGCAGUAGAUCGGGUCGAUACAAACAUUUCUCCGCUAGUAAAUGCUUAGCCCUAUCGUAGUAACAUGUAGUUUCUGCCGCCUCCGUGCCGCCACUUCUAAAUUCACUUACUCGCGACGCUCUAUAGCUGCUUUCUUUUAUUCACUGUGCCGUGCCAUGUGAUGUUAAGCAGCGGCGGACCGCGAGUCCUUCGUCGCGAACACGGACUGCAGUUGCCGCUGCAUCCGCUGCAAGUGUCCGGUUGGCUGGCCCUUAUUGGACUUGCCGCGGGAUCGUUUCUUUUCCUCGUUCCUGCGUUACCUGUGGUUUUGCAGCCGGCUGCGCUAGCAACACUUUGCACUCUGCUGCUGCUACAUCUGGCGGCGCAUCUCGGCGCCGUCCUGAUAGAUCCCGCCGAACCGGCGCUAAGGAGGACGGCGCCUGUACCGCUGCCAACCUUGGACCGGACGAAGCACGCGCACGUCAUCGAAGAGGGCUCGUGUCAUUUGUGCAAGGUGCUCGUCAGCGGCGAGCGGACAAAGCACUGCAGUGCGUGCAACAAGUGCGUUGCCCGUUUCGACCACCACUGCAAGUGGCUGAAUCAUUGCGUCGGGGGGCGCAAUUACGUGCCAUUUCUUAUGUGCGUAACGACGGCGGUGGCGGCUUCAGCCUUCGUGGCAUUGCUUGCCAUCGCCGAAUUCGUCGUCCACCACACGGACCACUCCUGGCUAACACGCAACCCCCCUGCUAACGACACGUCCGUUGCACAUUCGUCCUUGCCGAGCAGCGACGCUGCCUUCUUGGCCGUGGUGGCUAUCCUCGGUCUGCUGGCAAUCAUCAUCGCUGGGCUGCUCCUGCAUCUAUGCUUCUUUCAUAUCUACAUAUCCUUCCUGGGACUCACUACUUACGAGUAUAUUCGCCAGCAGCGUCAAACAAACCCGCCACAAUCAUCACAACCGGAAACCACCAAUAACCAGCAACAACAACAACAACGAUGCUCAGCAGAGUCGUUCCUACGACAUCGUCCACCAAUGAACUUACGUUGUGAGGAACGACGGAUGACACUGUUCGCCGUCCUUGAAGAAUCCUUCACGUGCACUCCUACACCGCCGUCCACUCCGCAGGAUUGCUCCAUGUGCGUAAGCAACAGCGUAGUGCCCGAUGAACGCAGAACUGCUCCACGUCCACGCAAAUUUAAGCAGAAAUGGAACUGCUGUAUGUCAGUUCCCGACAGUCCCGACGAGGAGCCGCGCUGUCUGAUGUCCUUGUGUAAAAAUCACAAGACUAAAAGUACGGUGCCGUCCAUUACCGACCGAAGGACACACUGGUCGAGUGCCAAAUUACGCGUCCUCCUGCGCGUGUUGAGCAACCUUGGCAAUCACCGCCGACGUAGUAAUCAAGUGACACCAGCGGUGUCGCAGGAAAUUGAACCUAUUGCUACAAUUGCUGAAAAUGUUCCAUGUGUAAAUAGAGAAAUCCUGCCCCCUGUUUUGCCCCCGCGCCGUCGUGUGAUCACCGAAAACGAAAUUGCUAACGCGCUCAAUAUUCUACAGCAGCAACGAUUGAACGGCAUUCGCAGGGCGCCUCAAUAUCGCCGUAGAAGACGCAGCACCGUGGUCCACAGGACAAAAACGCCCGCUUUAUCUCCUAUUAGGGAAACCGGCUUAUCAAAUCCAGCCUCGCCGUCCAGACAAAAUUGUUCUGGGAUUGCAAACUGUGCAAAUCGCCCAAUUUAAAUCCGUCUUUAAAUGUAAAUUGUGUGCUUUAAUAAAAAUAGUUAUAUUUAUUGUUAAUUAA